AUGGAAGCUGAUGAGCGGCCAAUGAAACUGAGAAAGCUCGAUCAUGACAAGGACGAUGUUCACCAAGUGCCCACCACGCAGUCCUCGUCUAGUGUCGCUGAUACUUUUGUAACGUCUGAACCAUCACACAACAGUAAGGCAGAUGAGCGUACUGCUAAUGUUGCAGAUCGGUUGUCAGACCACAAUGAAGACAACAAAGACGGAGUCGGGAGUGGUGCGGCGCAGAAUGGCCAGUCCUCCACAGACUCUACGCAACACCACGGAGAGGAAGUCGGCGAGCCUGCGAAGCCGAUGUCUAAGAGUCAAAUUAAAAAACAGCGCAAGCGCGAGGAGUGGGAAGCCGCUCGAGGUGACCGCAAGCUGAAGAGGAAGGAGAGACUACAAGCGAAAAAGGCCCGGAAGAAGGCGGCGCGCGAAGAGGAGGAACUGCGGAUUGAACAAGCGAAGAAAUCCGCUGUUGAGCGAGGGGAAGAUCCAGACAGCGUGGUCGCGAAUCUAAAGGCACAGGCAUCCGCACAGCAGAAGCAGAAAUCUGGACGCCCAAUCCUGCUGCCUGUAACCAUCAUCAUCGACUGUGGCUUUGACGACCUUAUGAUGGAGAAGGAGCGUAUCUCGUUGGGCUCGCAGAUCACCCGGUCGUACUCGGACAACUACCGGGCGCCGUUCCAGGCACAUUUGGUCAUCAGUUCCUGGGGAGGACUGCUGAAAGAACGAUUCGACACUGUUCUCAGCAAGCACUACCUCAACUGGAAGAAUGUUGUUUUUGAAGAUGGUGAUUUCGUGGAAGCGGUCAAAAACGCGGCCGCGUUCAUGCGUGGCCCCAACGGCGGAAAGCUAGCUGGCUAUUUUGAAAAGGCAAAGACUAGCAAUGUGGCUGCUGAAAAGGCAGAGGCAAGCCACAAUGCCGUUUCGGAGGACACUACCGCUUGCGCGGAUGAUGAUACUCGUACAGACACUAAACAGCCGGCUGUGACUGAACAAUCCGUCGAAAAUGGCGACGGUACUUCUGGUGAGUCUGGUGCAAGUACAGAAUCUACCGCGCAAACGGGUUUUUCUGCGACGACGCACAGCUCAGGGCCUGCUGCGAACCAUCUACCCCAGGGCGAGGUCGUUUACCUCACCUCUGACUCUCCUCACACCCUGUCGGAACUGUCGCCGUACUCAACCUACAUUGUGGGCGGUCUCGUCGACAAGAACCGGCACAAGGGUAUUUGUUACAAGAUUGCACGGGAGAGAGGCAUAAAAACCGCGAAGCUCCCCAUUGGAGAAUUCCUGGAAAUGCAGUCUCGAAAGGUCCUCGCUACCAACCACGUCGUGGAGAUAAUGGUUCGUUGGCUCGAGUGCGGCGACUGGGGAGAGGCCUUCAUGAAAGUCAUCCCCAAGCGGAAAGGCGGCAAGCUGAGAGCGGAGAGCGAACAACAAAGCGACGAAGAGGAGGAUGGCCACGAUGGAGACGAUGGUGCCGAUAAGGGUCACGACGAGAUCCGGAAAGUACCUCAACAUGCGCAGACAGAUACAGUCUGA